GCUCCGGUCGCCGCACCGCGCUUCAGCCCCGGGCUCGGCGGUGAGGACGAGGAACGGCACCCAGCGCGGCGUCCGACGGCACCUUCGGCCCUCCGGGGAACAGAACCUGCGUGGUCCGCAGUUCCACCGAGGUGCCAAGCACAAGCCGGAGCCGUCAGUGUAGGAUGCUGUGCGCAGCCUGGUUGAUUCCGACAUGCAUCGCCUUACAACUGACGUUCGGAAUCGGCUCCUGCCAGUACAACCAUCAGCCACCAGAACAGCUGGAAAAUAUAACAGACAUCCUGAAGAACAUUCUAGAGGGAUAUGACAUUCGGCUACGCCCAAAUUUCGGAGGAAAACCAUUGUUCAUCGGAAUGGACAUAAAUAUUGCCAGCUUUGACAGCAUAUCAGAAGUCAACAUGGACUACACGAUAACCCUGUACCUGAAUCAGUAUUGGCGCGACGAGCGGCUUACCUUCAGCAAGGAGAAGUACGAGCUGACGCUGUCUGGUGACUUCGCCGAGAAAAUUUGGGUGCCAGACACGUUCUUCGCCAACGACAAGAACUCGUUCCUACAUGAUGUCACAGAGAAGAACAAGAUGGUGCGGCUUCAGUCAGACGGACACAUCACUUACGGCAUGAGGUUCACUACUACUUUGGCCUGCAUGAUGGACUUACACUACUAUCCACUGGACUCCCAAAACUGCACGGUUGAGAUCGAAAGCUAUGGAUACACUGUGUCGGACGUUGUAAUGUUCUGGAAAGAUCCAGAGCCCGUCGUCGGGGUUGAGCAGUCUGAACUUCCGCAAUUCACUAUCAUAAAAUACGAGACAACUGACCGAAAGGAGAAGCUUGCCACAGGAACAUAUCAACGAUUAUCGCUCAGUUUUGAGCUGAAGCGAAACAUCGGAUACUUCAUCUUCCAGACAUAUCUUCCAUCAAUAUUGAUAGUGAUGCUAUCGUGGGUGUCCUUUUGGAUCAACCACGAAGCGACGUCUGCGAGGGUUGCUCUCGGCAUAACGACGGUGCUGACCAUGACUACCAUCAGCACGGGAGUGCGGUCCUCACUACCGCGGAUCUCGUACGUCAAGGCCAUCGACAUCUACCUGGUCAUGUGCUUCGUGUUCGUGUUCGCCGCACUGCUCGAGUACGCGGCCGUCAAUUACACCUACUGGGGAGCGCGGGCCAAGAAGAAAACGAAAAGCAAGGAUACCAAGAUUCCGCCACCACCCCACCACCCUUCUGCCGCACCGCAGGGGGAUUCCCCUUAUCCGAACAACGAAGAGAUCAUCGAACUGCACGACGUUCGGCUGUCCCCAAUCCUUGGCAUGCGCAAGCGGCAUCGGCCUCUGUCGGCGCCCGGCAGCGACAGCGAGCUGAAGUUCCCACCGUCGCUCCGCAUAACGGGCCGCUUCCCGUACAAUUCCCGCACGCUGCCGGCAGGCGCUUGCUACCGAGGCGCCGGUCUGCGAGCCGGGACGGACUACGGUGGUGGCGGCGGCUUCGCGCGAAGGCCGCGGGUCUUCCAGACGCUGCGGCGCGGGGCAAGCGCCAUCAGGGCCUCCAUGCCGCGCAUCAAGGACGUCAACAAGAUCGACAAGUACUCGAGGGUCAUCUUCCCCAUCUCGUACCUCGUGUUCAACGCCGUCUACUGGUGUUUCUACCUCAUGUGACUUGGCGCCUGCGAUAUGCGCUGCCGGGCCCCACGUACUGUGCGAAAAGGGGGGAAACACCCACUCCCAACAUUCGUCGACGUCUCGCCGCUUUGGCGUCGGCGAAGUGGUGGAUAAUACGUUUCGGUGAUGGCUUAGGUGCGGUACGUUUUACGUGUAGGCGAAUGAAUCUAGCCGCACUUGAAGCAACACUUGCGCUAACGCAAGGACACACCCAGAGCAGUGGUCCAAGUUGAAUCGACGAGUUAGCUACCUUUCCAUCGUAUUUUCUCUGUUGUAUUCUAUCUUACGAUUUGUAGUGGCUUCGGUACGAUUAACGUCAAACUUAUCACUAAUAAUAUGACGUCGUCGCGCAGUCAUUAUGAUAACGAGCUUUCUAGUACUUCUCACCAACAUACUCUUUUUCACACAAGACUUGUAAACAAGUUUGCUUUGCACGCUCUGAUUUUGCUACAAGUUGAUGGGAAGAGUCCAAGGACCCAUAUCUAAACGAAGGCUAAGCCACACAAAUGUCAAAUUAAUAUUCAUUGUGUUAAUAGAGUGCUGUGCAAACUUGCUUUCAUAGGCAACGAUUUCAACGGUUGGCUGCCUUUCAGAAAAGGUUAACCGGUGAAUUGAAUGAGUGUUUAUAAUCUGUUAGACGAAGUCCUUACCUAGAAGUUGCAUGGCGCAGACGACACUUGUUUCACGCCGUUCAUUGCCGACAGCCGGAAGGCCUUAAUGCAUCGGGCUGGAGGAGACAUGGCUUCAUUAUGAGUCGAGCAUCCGUCUACCCCUAAGGAGCAGGAAAGGCCGGUGUGUACGUGCUUAGCAGUGGUUUACUACUUCGUUACAACACGCACCAAUCAUGAGCAAUAACUGUUGAAGUUUUCAAAAAGGGGUGAAUUCCAGUGGCAUAUUCGAAGACCUCCCGGUGGUAGUUUUACUGCUCCUUGCGGAGCAAGUCUUUUCUAUUGGGAGAUUGAGAGUGCCUCCCGUAUCUAUCAUUGGCGGAUUGGAAGCAGCUUCGUCGCUAGAUCCACUUCACGGAGCAGCGCUCUCUACUCCGCAAAAAAUUGACGGAGUCGACCGGAAAUCGCUUAAUGUCAGCCCAUCUGCAGGCAAUGUACCGCUAUGGCGCGCACGCCCGUGAGUGCGAAUUGCGGUCUCUCUGAAGAAAUGAGUCGUGCUUCGCAUCGUCAACUUGCGCUUUUACUGCUUUCGGAGAGCGAUGAUUCAUUUAGCUCAAGUUCCAAGUUGACCAGCGGGGACUCAACCGACGAAGAAGUUUCGGAAGCUAGUUUACUUAAGCAAGCUUUCGACAUCAUGUUUCGGCCGCCGGUUAAGAGACUGAACGUUAUAAGACAACGUGGUUGGCCAGUAUUCGGACGAAAAGGUAACGCCGGCUCCUUUUAGGAAGUUCGUACGCACUUUAGGAGCCUUUACUUUUGUUAAUGGAAUGCAAUUUCGAAGGCACUUCAGGCUGUCUCGAUGUGUUGCCACAAAACUGAUCGCAUGCGUCUUCGAUGCUUCCGACGCACAAUCGCAGCGGACGAGAAAAGCAGACUUACAUUCGGUGCGACUUCUAUUAGAGCGCAGGAGGCUAAAAAGAAACGCGAAGCUUCUGAACACAACGCGCGAUCGAGUUCGAGCCGGAAAGGCCGAAAACGUCGAAAAACGCGCGGAAUGCUGGACGCUUUUGGAAGCGGAUGCGCGCUAGAGCCCCCUGAUAAUUACUCUCGCGCAAGUACACAUCUUCCAAUCGCACAUUUCAUUCUUUUGCCUUCCACCGUAGCUGAAUGCUCCGGCGCAGAGUUCGUCGGCCACUCCGAAUCUGCCAUUGGAAUUUACCAUAAGAAACAAUUCUCGCUAUUAUAGAUACGUUUCCCGAGGUGAAUCGUUGCAAAGUUCGAGAAACAAAAAUCGUCUUCAAGAUAAUGCAGCUACGUCAUGAGCACGCAAACAUGGAGGUAGUGACGUAAUAGAAUAUAGACUUGUUGAUAAUUAUUUAUCGGUGGUUUUUCUUUAUUCGACUGUCGUUUCACCAUGUGAAAGUUUGUUCACCAAUGCACAUAAUGCGGUGUGUACAGCCGCACAACGUAAAGAACGAAGCAAAGGAGGAGGCUUAAGCGGCAAAGCCAAUGACUCAGUGAGAACUUUGCCGAUUCGCAUAUACGCAGUGGGAACUUAUUCUCUCUUUGCCAGGAUUCACUCCUUCAAUGAUAAAGAAAAUUCAGUGAGGAGAUUCGUUGGCUCCAGCUUUCUAUUUAUUUUUUGAGGUAAUGACAUUUUCUGGCUGAAAUAACGAAAGGUCGAAGUUAUCGUUGAAUUGAAGAUGGACAUAGACACUGCCUUAACGCUAAACGCUGGUUAAAUGCGGCUUGUGCUGCACUUUCCGAAAACUUCUUGCGGAGUUGCUUACUCCGCUGUUUCACAUUGUUCUCGCGGUUUUCAGCAGAAGCAGAUGUAUACAUAAAAGAAGAAAUUCGAUAAUUUAUCCCCACCGAUUUCGUGCAGUUCAUGGAAAUCUACAGGUUGCGUUGGACAAUCUGCACGGAGGGUGAGAAUGAGGUUUCCUCCGUUGUACAUGGUACAAAACAAGUGCAAGCUCCACGUCACAGAGAAAGAUGCACAGACUGGACGCGCACUGCGUCUGGUUGUUUCCUCUUUCUUUGCGUCGUGUAUUUUUGCGCUUGUUUUCGUAACAUGAACAACAUGCACGAACUUGCCCAGGUUACACUCCCACCGAACGUAAUUUCUUCCGUUGCCCACCUCUGGUCGUCAUAGGUGUGCGAUGUCGUCCGAGUCGAAGCUUCACGAAAGGAUCAGCGGAGCACAAUGAGCGAGCGGCUGCCCCUCCCUCGAGCGGGCAGCUUAAUGUCGUUACUGAUCGGUCGACAGUCCCUAAGCUUUAGCGCACUGUACGAAUUUAGUGUGACGGAGUGUGGUGUUACUAUACUACUAUUUCAGUUAAAGUAUACGCUAUACAGUACGGGUACACUGCUAGAGGUCGUACACUCUUAAGAGAAUCAAAGAACUCGCAUUAUUAUAACAAAAACUGGCUAACGUUUUCUGUGCUCCUCAGCUCGGCGGGAACAAAAUGCUUCUUAUUUCGAAGACAAAAGGAGAGUGCACUGUGAUGUACCAUGCGCGGCCCCAGUUGGGACGAAAUAGAUUCAAAUGAUACCGAGUAUUUUUUGCCGAGAAUAAUAGAAGGGUAUUAUGAAAUGUUAACGUCAGCAUUAAGUCUUCCAUUUGUAAGUUAUAUAAGCAAAGCAAAGUGCCGCAUGUGGUCUAGUAGUCUAAUCAUCAGUCAUAGCCACAGAAAUCAAAAGUAAUCGAAUCAUUGCGGUCAGUUUAAGAAGCAGUUUUUAGUGCAGGUUCAGUGAAAAUUGUCAUCCGGGUAUGAAAAUGCAAAGUGUGUAACAGCAAAUUCGUAAUACUUUAAAUGUGUUAACCAUUUGAACAGCCUUUUUCGUUCAGUAAACCUCAGAAGUGGCAAGAGAGAGCAGAAUUCAUGCGCCAGCACAAACGUAGUAUGAGGAAAAAACAAGCUCACAAACUAAUCUAAGAGUGAGACACUGAUGAAACUGCUGCGUUGUCCGGAAGUAGACGAGGAAAACCGGCCUGAUUUUAUUAAACAGCUGUGAGCUUCCCGGUCACUUUAUUCACUGUGCCGAAAUAGUCAAGGUAACUUUCCACCUUCAGGGGUUCUGGUGACAUAGGUCGGUCUACAGGCUUGUCUCUGAAACGGAGUAGUUAGACCGACUUCCGGACCUUCAUCCCUUAGACAACGUUAACUCCCUGCACUUUCGUGACUCUACGCGGCCGUAACGACGUCUGCAAGUCUUCCUUCUUUAGUGUUGCUAUGCUGGAUUGUCAGUUUCAAACUAUGCUGUCGAGCAGUCGCGGCAACGUCACCCAUUUGCUUUGCCUUCACUAAGCAUUCGUCGUUGAGCCCCGCCACUCGGGCAACAACAAACAGUCGUCGUGUGACUCUUGGCCUCUGAGACCUAGCGAACUCGAAGACCCGAACUCGAAGGCCAAGUGCACGCCGCUUAGCCUCCGAGAUAAGAUGCCCUAACGCGAUCUUACUGGCACGUCGCGCAUGACUGGUUUUCUGCCACGUGGUGGCAGGCACAGAGGAUUUUGCUAAAACUUAGUUUUGCCCGAGGGUGCCUGCGGUGAUGAAAGUGAGUGACGCGUGGCGCGGCAGUUGACAAAUUAACACCAGUACCUAGGAGCGGUGGUGUUUUACUUUUUCUUUCUGCCCACUGCGAACAGUACCGGAUAUCGGUUUUUCAGGCAGCGUUGGUAGUGCGUCACAUUUUCUUACAAAUUUCAUCUCACUAUUGUUGCGUAGCGCUGUGUAGGCUAGAGCUCGCGCACCGGUACCAGCUCAUCGAGGGUCGAGCUCCCAAUGCUGUUUAAGAUUAACAACCGUUCGUAACUAGUCUGCGCCUCGGCUAUCAUUUAGUGGAUUAUGACACUUUUAUCUGUGCGCACUGGUGAAUAUUGUUGGGCAGUUGGCGGGUCAUGACGCCCAGGCAGGGCUACCUUACAUUAAUUAACACAAAGUAAACUGACACAUGUAAUGCUUAUAUGAAAUCAUCUACAGUAGCUUUAUUAAAGUACUUAUGAACUGUAUUUAUUUUAUCGGCAAUCCAAGAACUGCCGUAGUAAAAUUUUCAUAGACUAUUUAUAUAUGCAUAGCCUAAAAUGUCUAUAGAUAGUCUGCAUAAACUAAGAGGGUGUAAAUGUUCCUCAGUUGGUGUACAUCGACAGUUGGCAGUCUAUCGGUUUGUUAGCCUACGAGCCUUAUAAACAUUUCUCGAAGAUGUCUCUCAUGCAUGUAUAUUUGCGGUGGUAAAUCUACAGAAAGGCAAAACAAUUCAAAAAAUAUUUAUGCAUGUUCUAAAGACUCUAAAUAUGACGUUGUCAAAAAAAAAGUAAAAAAAAAAAGACAACCCACCAGAACGGUAAGCAAUGUCAUCUUAUCACUGCUAUCUUUGAGCUUCACCGCUGCUUGAGUGUCUAGUGAAGCAUUUCUCACGGGCGAUGAUGAACUGCGCAUAACUCUGGACAUGUGACAUUGUGAAGCCUGCCCCUGAUCAGCUGGCGUAAAAUCGAGCUUCUAUAACGUUAGACAGCCUUUCUCAGUUUGCAAAUUCCAAACUCAGUAAAAUAAACACGCCAACGCUUAUCUAGUGCAGUCGUUAUAUACAAAAAAUAAAAAAUCACCAGUCAUGACUAUAAACUUCGAAUCUGCUGCAGGUUUCACCAGUUACAGCCUCAAUGUCAUGUUUGUAUGUCAUUGUGCUAUUGUCCUAACUACCCGUAUAUAUUUUUUUGUCUAAAAUUGCCUUCUAAGAGGGCCGCUGACAACUUUAGGAAGGAACGCUGACCUAUGCGAACAAAAUUAAUACGAGGCAAGACAGUGUUUAGACCAAACUUUUGGGCUAACUUUUUUUCUAUGCAGCUCCAUUUCCAACUGCUGUUUGUAAAUGUUUUCAGCCGAUAGAUACCACAAGCAACAUUGUUCUCGCAUCUCAAGAUAUAUAUAUGAAAACGCAGAAGUCAUGUCAAUGCUUAUGGGUCCGAAUCGUUAUGAUUUUUUUUUCUCUCUCUUUGUGUCAUUGACAAAGUAUGAGAACGCAGUAGCGCCUGUUCACAAACGUGAUUGUUUUCAUUACAAAAGUGUCAUGAAUUAAUAAAGAUGAUUUAUAUUUCGCCACAAA